AAAGCCUAUAUAAGAAAAGGUCUCUGCCCAAGCAAAUACCCUAAGAGAAGAGCUCUCCUUAGGUCUUAGAUCUUUCUGCCCCCUUUUCUACUCUCAGCUUUGGGAAACAUCCACAAGCUUUGAUAUGGCUUUCGCUGGUAUCCUGUCUGAUGCGGACAUUGAGGCUGCCCUGAAAAGCUGCCAAGCUCCCGAUUCCUUCACUUACAAAAGCUUCUUUGAGAAAACGGGUCUAAGCAAAAAAUCUAAGGAAGAACUGGCAAAAGUAUUUGGAGUCCUUGACCAGGACAAGAGUGGAUUCAUUGAGGAAGAAGAACUGCAAAAAUUCAUGCAGAAUUUCAAACCAAGUGCCAGAGUGUUGACUGACAAGGAGACCAAGGCUUUCCUGGCGGCAGGUGACACCGAUGGAGAUGGCAAAAUUGGAGUGGAAGAGUUCCAAGCACUGGUUACAAGCAAGUGAUCAAGUGGAAGACCAAGCUAUUGUAUUGUAAAACACUAUUUCUUAUUGCAAAUCUACUAUUUAUUUAUACAUUUUAUACAGUUAAAUGGCAUUGACAGUUGCCAAUAUAUUGUUUCUUAUUGUUAGAGGACUUUGUUAACUCCCAAUGCGCUGUUUGAUCUUUCUUAUUGUCUGGUGUCACAAAUUCGUAGUUAAAGGAGGUCUGCAUCAAACAGAGACAAAGUUGGAAUCUAAGGAGAAGAACUUCGAACUUUCAUGUUUCACUUGCAGUAGGCGCUAGUAGGAACACUCAAUAAAUGUGAGAUUUUAAAGAGAACUCUGGAUCAAAAGUUAACCAACAUCAAUCUUCCUUCCAAUCAAGGUACAGUAUAUGAAAUGACAAUGGGAGAAUCAUGUUGAUUUUUGUUUAUGUUUAAACAAAAAUGUUGAAAGAGAAUGUUUAAACUGGUCCUUGCCUUAACACAAUCAGCUUCAUUAAAUGCCUUGCUGUAGUUAACUCUGGCGGAAUUGUUCAUUUGUACAUAUAAAGAGACUUCAUCAUUCACAAA